AUGCCUGCCUGGAGAAUGCUCAUGGGGAGGGUGGAGAUCAGUACAGUACCUCCAGCCUCCGACCUCCAGCAGCCGUCCCCAUGCGCAGGCUCAUCCGGCUCUACACCCGACGACAACGACGACGACGACAAGUUUGAGGAGCGGAUAGCCGCGCUGCAGGGCAAGCGCGCCUCCAAGCAGCGUCCUACUAGCCAGGGCGCCGCGGCGCGGGUGCCGGGCAGGGACAUCUCGGCCCCCGCCUCCAAGCCCAGCCCCACCCCUCCCACCCCCAAGGACUGGGGCCGGGAGGAGGUGUUCCUGGACUCCCCGCCCCACCGUGGCGACCUGGCCAGCAACAUCGCGCUGGGCGCCACCCUCCUCUGGCUGCCCCUCACUGCCGCGGCCGUUGGCCGCGCGGCCUUUGUGCGCUAUCUCGUCACCGACAAGCGCGUCAGCGUCAGCACCUCUGCGCCUUGGAAGAAGGAGCAGCUGGACGCCGGGUACGACCAGAUUAGGGACGUGGUGGCGGUGGGCCGGGGCCUGGGCUACUGGGGCGACAUGGUGCUGACCCUGGGCUCCGGCGACCGCCUGGAGCUGCGCGCGGUGCCGCGCUGGAAGGAGGUGCGGGACUACAUCCUGGCGCGGCGCGACGCCGGGAGGGCGAAGAAGGCGGCCCCCGCCGAUGCCCCGCUCUCCCGCGGCUUCUGA